AUGCCGACAUCAUCAUCGACCACCGAAGCGUUUUUCUCGAGAAGAUCUAGAGCUGCGUGUGUGCUUCGCGGCGGGACGAAGAGGAGGACACCUUUUUUAUCGUCAGCAGCCGACAAAAACGGGGAAAACGGGAACCCCGGGGAUCGUCGUCGUCAUCCGAAAGAACAGUGGCGAGUGUCUCCGACGCCACCGGGUGGCGGGAAAAAGAACGCCUCUUCGAGUUUACGCGCGAUUCACGACGCCGUGAACGAGGUGAAAAACGCGAAAGAUUUGAGACAGAGUUUACACGAGCUGAGUAAACACACGAAAGGACCUACCACGUCGACGACGGCGCUUCCACCGAAGGAUAUCAAGACGCAGGAAAGGCGAAGAAAGCAAGAGAGGAGGGCGGUUUUGGAACACAUGAUCGAAAAAGUGGAUUCGAAAACGCACGCUCGAGAUAUCGAGGAGGAGGAUGCGGACGGUCCUUCUUCGUCGUCGUCUUUGACGACGCAUACGAAACACCAAAUCAUUUAUCAAGGCGUGGACGGCGGUUUCGUCGUCGGGAGCGAGAAGCCGAGAAAGCACACCGAAGCGUGCGCGUGCCCGAACUGCAACUUCUUACGAAAGCGCAUAUUGGAAGAUAGAGGUAGAGACGAGGUAGAAAUUCGAGUGUUAGAGGAUGAUAGAGUGUUGGAGAUGGUCGGGGACGACCCGGAGGCGGUUUUAAGACCGGAAACGACCAUGGCGAACGAGUUGAGACGACGCGAGAGGAUUUCGAUGGCGAACAGAGGCAACGUGCCUUGGAAUAAAGGACGUAAACAUUCGCAGGAGACGAUCGAAAAGAUUCGACAGAAGACAAUGGAAAGGAUGAAAACACCAGAAGUUCGAGCGAAGAUACGAGAGGCGGCUUUGUUGAACGCUGGGAAGUUGUCUCCGCACACGAAGGCGCGCAUAUCGCUUUCCGUGAGAGACGCGAUGAAGAAGAAAAAAAUUGAGAAAAUCAGCGACGAGGAAAAUCGUUUGGUACCGAAAGAGAGUAAAAUUGGUUUAGCAUCGUACGGUGCGUUCGGGAGAAGAGCGUCGGCGGUUGGACGCGUGUAUUUUGGAAUUACGAGCGAAUAUGAACGCCUCGCCGUGGAAAAUAGAAAGAAGAGGGAGGAACAAGAGAGGCGCAAAGAAGAGAGGAAAAGAGAGACGCAACAACGACAGAUGGAUGCAAAGGCGAAGAAAGAGGCGGAGAAACGUUUGCGAAUUCAACGUGGGUUAGCCUUGCCGACGAAAAAAAGAACGCGCGCGCAUAACGAGAAAAUUUCUGCGGCGAUUAAAGCCAAGUGGAAAGACCCGGAGUAUGCGAACAAGUUAAAAUCUGUGGCGCACGGCGGCUCGCGAAAACCAACAGUUUACGCUUCAUCAUCUUCUUCUUCAUCAUCUUCCGGUGAUGGAAAAAGAGAGAAAAAGGAGAAAAAGAAAUACAGUAAAUACGAUCCUGAACGUCGGACUCCAGACGCGACUCCUGCUUCUCAAGAGAAACAACAGUACAGGCGGAUGAAGAGAAUGGCGGAGAUGCAAGCGCAGAUUCGCGAACUCGAAGCCAAAAAAGCGCAAACGGAAUCGUUGUUGGGCCAAAUGAAAAUCGCCAACGACGCCGCAAAAGUUGCCGUUUUCAGCUUUGAACAAAAACUCGCGAACGGUGCUUCGAUCACGGACGACGAUUUUGAUAACGACGCGUACGAAAAAGCCAGCUUAGCAAAGGCUAAAACGGAAGAAAUGAUUGCCGGUUUGUGCGUUUCCAUCGAGUCCAUGGAGUUGGACAUCCAAGACGUCAGUCGAGAAGAGACGAAAUGGGCGAGACGAUACAACAAAGUGCUCAUGGAACAAAAAGAAGAGGAAGCGGCUCGCACUGCCAACGAGAAGAAGAUGAAAGCGUAUUUGCUCCGCGAGAGAAAGAAGAAAACCGAGGAGGAGUUGAGACAGGAAGAAGAGGAUCGGCAAAAAAGAGCGGCGACGGCGGCAAAGUUGAAAGAAGCGCUCAUGAAAAACAAAAGCGUCGUGAGCAGCAGGAAGGAGAAAGACGAAGAAGUAGAAGACGAGGAUGAUAAUGGCGACGACAAUAGAACCCCAGCUAGAGCUAGAUAA